AUGUUAAAACAGCAGGAAAAUGAAUUAUGCUUUGGGCUCUAUAUUGCCACAAGAGAGCCAACCAGAAGCGACGCGUGUCUGGACACAGCCGCUACCAAUUUUGACUCAUGGGACUUGAAAGCGGAGGUUGUUCCGUCCCAUGUUGGUGACCACAAUGGAGCCGUGGUCCUUACAUUGGGACUGACCAAACCUAACUCAGUUGACUACCUCUCGGACCUAAACCCAACUGUCACCCUAAGAAAUUGGAAAAAGGUUCUGGAGUCAGUAAUGAAACAGCAACUGGUGGCCUAUUUCGAGAACAACGACCUGUUCAACGAUUCCCAACAUGGGUUUAAGGCCGGACGAUCCACAACCUCUGCACUCCUUAGCCUAGUCAAGAACAUCUCUGAUGCCUUUGAAUCUGACUCCGUCCAUCUCAGUCUUUGUGAUCUUAGCAAGGUAUUCGACGUGGUCUCUCAUGAUAUCCUUCUUUCCAAGCUUGGCAAAUAUGGCGUCACUGGAGUAGUCCGCAAAUCAUUAGUCAGCUACUUAGAUUACAGGAAACAAAUUAUUGUUUCGCUGCAGGGCAUUUCUGCUGGAUGA